AUGGCAGGCAUUCCCUAUGUCCUGUCAGGCUGCUCCAGGCCCCCGCCUAGCUCCCCGUCCCUAGCCUCUCGCCCAGGACCUCCCCACAGCUCCAGCCCUCUGCCCAGCCCAUCGGAGGCCCUGUGGCCCUGUCCCCGCACUGCCCCCUCUGUCAGUAAUCAGACAUUCUCUUCUCACCAUCACUAUCCCUGCAGCUGUCCAAAUAGAGUGAGAAGAAAAUGUUCUCUUUCCGGAACAGCUGGACUGACAGGCCAGGAAGGCCAGGUGGCCCGAGGCAGCCAGGAUGACAGCUCUCCCCAGGAACCCUGCUACCCGCUGAGAAACAUGAUCAGCAAGUCCCGCUGGAAGCUCCUGGCCAUGCUGGCUCUGGUCCUGGUCGUCAUGGUGUGGUAUUCUAUCUCCCGGGAAGACAGUUUUUAUUUUCCCAUCCCAGAGAAGAAGGAGCCGUGCUUCCAGGGGGAAGUGGAGAGGAAGGCCUCUAAGCUGUUCGGCAACUACUCCCGAGAUCAGCCCAUCUUCCUGCAGCUGAAGGAUUAUUUCUGGGUCAAGACACCGUCUGCCUAUGAGCUGCCGUACGGGACCAAGGGGAGUGAAGACCUGCUCCUCCGGGUUCUAGCCGUCACCAGCUACUCCAUCCCAGAGAGCAUCCAGAGUCUCAAGUGUCGCCGCUGCGUGGUGGUGGGGAACGGGCACCGGCUUCGCAACAGUUCGCUGGGGGACGCCAUCAACAAGUACGACGUGGUCAUCAGAUUGAACAAUGCCCCAGUGGCUGGCUACGAGGGCGACGUGGGCUCCAAGACCACCAUGCGUCUCUUCUACCCUGAGUCCGCCCACUUCGACCCCAAAGUGGAGAACAACCCAGACACACUCCUCGUCCUGGUAGCUUUCAAGGCAAUGGACUUCCACUGGAUUGAGACCAUCCUGAGUGACAAGAAGAGGGUGCGAAAGGGCUUCUGGAAGCAGCCUCCCCUCAUCUGGGACGUCAACCCCAGGCAGGUUCGGAUUCUCAACCCUUUCUUCAUGGAGAUUGCAGCGGACAAGCUGCUGAGCCUUCCCAUGCAGCAGCCGCGUAAGAUUAAGCAGAAGCCCACCACCGGCUUGCUGGCCAUCACGCUGGCACUCCACCUCUGCGACCUGGUGCAUAUCGCCGGCUUUGGCUACCCAGAUGCCCACAACAGGAAGCAGACCAUUCACUACUAUGAACAGAUCACACUCAAGUCCAUGGCGGGGUCAGGCCACAAUGUCUCCCAGGAGGCCCUGGCCAUCAAGCGGAUGCUGGAGAUCGGAGCAGUCAAGAACCUCACGUUCUUCUGACUGGGGCGGAAGCUGUAUCCACCCGUCUGCCCGCUUGGCCGCCUGAACGACCCCAUCCGUAGCUGUGGGGGUGCCUGGUGAUGCGCUUGGACUCCCCCUUCCCUGUGUGGAGAGGGGUCCUGGUACUGGCCAGGCCUGAGACAGGGCCGUGCCCCUGGCUGCUCUCAAGGCGGCUGGAUCCAGUCAGGGUGGAGGCCCAGGGUGGCUGGAGGCCAUCUGAGGCGCGGGCUUUGUGCCGUGUGCCCCAUCUCCACCAGGGCCGGGGGCUUAUUUAAUGGGCUAUUUAAUUAAAGGGUAGGAACGUGCCACGGGCUGGUCCCAUGGCAUCAAAAAAGGGGCAAAAUACAGUGUUCUGCCCACUUGUGAUAAAAACACAAAAGUGCAGGACCUGCUAAAGCCUAGCCCCAGAGUAGGCCUCCCAGGAGGGCAGGGACGUCUGGAGCGGGCGGGUGCCCUUCGGAGAGGGGCUGCUAUCUCCCAGCAGGCAUGGGAAGAGCACUGGGAUGGGGGUCCCACAGAGAAUGGGCCCUCAUCUAGAAAAGAGGUUUGAAACCUAACAUUAAACUAUUUUUCCUAAAAUGGGAGCAGUUGUGACACCCUGUGUCCUUCAGGUUGGGGAGGACAUGGAUGGGGGCAAGUGGGCAUGGCAGGGGGCACCCUGUCCUAGCACUAGACAGGCUUGUUAAAGACCAGCAGUGUCUCUGGGACCCUGUGGGACCCAGAGGAGGCCACGGUCAUUCAAGAAACAAUUACUGGGUACAGUGCUUGGUGCCAAGUCGUUCAUUGUCCCCCUGGUGAAGCAGGCACGCGGGUGGCACCCAGAGUGGGCUGUCUGCUGGACACCCAGCCUGGCCUUCUUCAUCCUGGUUUACAUCCUAAAGGUAGGGAGAGGCAGGAGGAUGCCCGAUGGGAGUGGCCGAAACCCAUCCUCCUCUCUCCGCUCCCUCUCUCUCCCCCUCCAAGCCUUCCUUUCUGAAACCUCAUGCUGGGAGGUGUGUGUUUGAGGACAGGGGUGGAGUAAGACAAAGGAAGCCAAGUUUCCUUUCUCAGAUUAAGUGGGAAUCAUAAAAUGGAGUUUACAGAAGGUCCUGCCCAGUGGCCCAGGCUGCCAGGAUUGGGAUGGGGAGGGUUUGGGCCACGUCUGAGGGAUUUGGCAAGGCCUGUCCCGCCGGUUGCCGGGCCAGGGGACAAAUGCUGUUUUCCCUGGGUUUCUAGAAUUAGGAGAGCCCUGCCAUUUGCCUGUAUCUCCCUGCUUUGUUCUCCAUCUUCCCAGGCCCUGCUUAGCUGCCAACUGGGCAUCUUUCCACCCCCACAGCUGUUCCUUUACAUCUGGAGCCAGGAGGGAGAGCUGGAACUCCCCCACAGGGAAUGGGACUCACAGCUGUGUUCUUGGCUUUCUCGGAAAGAGUUGCAGCCUUGAGGUUUUGAGACAGUGAGACUGGGACAGGACAGAUAAAGAGGGGCAGAGAUCUGGGAGAAGCAGGGGAAGAUGACCCACUUCUGGGCCGAACGUUGGAGGAGCCUUGCGAACACCUAUCCUUAGGCCCCAGAACAGUCCUGAGGACCAUCCCUGGGCAUAGAAUUGCCUCUAUUGCUAACCACUAACCGUGCUCUCCCUAGGGGAGAGGGGGAGUCUGAAAGCAAAUACGGCCCCAGCCUCUGCAGCCCCUAGCCCUCUCCACUCUACAGGGGGGUAAGCUUUGUCUCCCAGGCUUUGACCUGGGUGUUGUGGGGUGGGGGAGUGGGGGACAACCUGUUGACUCCAGCAGGGGUGUGAACGUGUGCAGGGAUCUGAGUUCUGCCUAUCCCUGAUGCCUGCCCAGCAGCUUCUUGUGAGGGUAUGCAAGGGAGUGUCCAUUUCCCCAUCCAGGGCCAUUGAAAGUAGCUGUCAGCACAUACGAUCCAGCUGUCCUGGACUGGGGCCACUGCCUGUUACUGAACACUCCUAAACUUGAGCCAGAAUCGAGCACACAGGGAUGGGUCAGACCCCCCACCCCUGCCCCCCCCCAAACUCCACACACAUGCAUAUAGACGAGGGAACGUUUUACAUUCUUGUUGGGUUACGCUUCUGAUGCCAUAUGCAGCGAAUUUCAUGAUUGAGAGGGGAGGGGACAGACACAUCUAGACUGGCCAUUGUUCCUUUGGGUGGGCUCAGCUCUCUCCAGUGUGCCCCAGCCCCAAGGCACAUUGCAGGGUGCCUUAGUACCGGUCCAAUGUCAGAGUCAGAACGGGGAGUAGAGCUUUGAUUUGGAGCGGCUGGAUGGGGUUUUUCGGUGUUCUGAGAAAAGGACUGUCGUUCUUCCGUUAGCUCAACCAGUGAGAAUGAACUAACUGCCUCCCUGUCUGCCUGGUACUGAUUAAACAAACGUGCCCUGAAAAUGAGUCAGGAGGGGAAGUAGGGAACAAGAUGCGAAAGCAUGUGAGUGCAAGUCUACGCAUCCGGGUUCGAUACAGGGCUCUGGCAUGUCAUUCUGUACGACCGUGGGUCAGUCAUUUCUCCAUGUCUAUGCUCCGUCCGAUUCCUACAUUGAUUGAGCCAGGAGGGUGGUCCAGCCAUUGAGGGCCACUUACACCAGAACCAUCUGGGGGUGAUUUAAGAAUGCAUACCUGGGUCUUAUCCAGGCCGCGGGGGAGGCGGCCCAGGAAUCUGGAAAUUUAACAAGCAUCCAGCAUCACUGCUCCAGCAGUCUAGACUCCAGGAUGAGCUCACGGCCUCUCUCAACUCCAGGGUCUGGUCUGCGCGCACAGCCCAACCUAAUCCCUGGCGUCCUUGAACGGUGUUGAUUAGGCGCACGCGCGCUUCUCUCCCGCUGGCCUACAGGCAGCGGAGAAGCUACGGCGCUGGGCUUGCCCCGCCCCCAGCGGCUGGGGCGGAGGCCCGGGUGCGCAUGCGUCGCAGGAGCGGGUUGUAGGGCGGAGUGCGGUGGCGGCAGGGGGGUGGCUACGCUGGCCAGGGUGGGAACCGGGUGGGG